ACUUACACACGUUUCAGUUCGCAUUUCUCUUAAGUGGUGUACUUUAUCCCUCUUUCUAAAGCAACAUGCUUGGAUUUUAUAUUAGAUUACUUGUGAUCAUUCAUCAUUAAAUAUAAUAUAAUAUAAUAUAUAUAUAUUGUUAAAGCAUUUUUUUUCUAUUUUUUGCAAAAGGCACUUUCACAAGAAAAUGUUUAGCAAUUUAAAGAGAAAAUUAAAUUAUGCCAUGCAAGAAGGUUUAACAGUUACCGAAAAUCUCCAACAACAAUAUAGACAACGUGUCUCCAACUCAAAGAAUCCAACGAAUAGCAGUAAUUCUUCUUUGGUAAGUUCGAUAAGUGAGCUGGGCGUACCUUCGAAUGUUAAUGCAAGUGCUGGUUGCAAGAUUUUAAGUAAAUACGAACAUGACUGGCAGAUGCUACAUCAAAAUAAUGAGGAAAAUUCAAAAAAAGCUGCUGAGCUCGCUGAGCAAAUAGAUAAUAUAGAGCAAAAAAUGUCUAACCAUCAAAUUAUUAUAGCCGAUUUAUUAACAAGUUUAGCGGGCCUCCCAAAUUUAACCGAAAAGUUGAAAUCCUGCCAACACACACUAGUCGAAGUGCAAGAGCUCCACAAGUUGGUAGAAAGAGAUUUCGAAAAACUUGAAGAUUUAUGCGAGGAGUGUGACUUUCAAGAGUUUCGAUGGCAGAAGCAUGUCGAGUUGGCAAAGUAUAAACAGAAGAAAAUGGAGGAUUUAGAAUUGUUCAGACAAAAAUUGGUCCUUGAACAAGAACAACGUAUACAUAAUCACGAAAUGAAAUUACAACAAAUACAAAAAGAACGACAAGCGGUUUUUGAAGAUGCCUUCCAAUAUGAUCUACUAGAGUACAAACGAACUGGUCAGGUGCCAAAAAUAGAUAAAGACUUAAAUUCUGCCGUCACUCUGGAGGAAAUUGUUUUAGAUGAUAACGAAACCAAAGACGCUCUAGAGGAGUUUCUAAAUGGCUAACGACGACCAUUUUUGCAAACCAUAUAAUAACCAAAAAAGUGCCUUAGAUAAAAUGCCAAAUACUGUGUUUUGUUGUAUAUGUAUGUACGUGCAUAUAAAGAAUUCGUUUAGCAAUAAAUAUAUUUUACACAAAUUUAGUUUAUUACACAAUUGAAAAUCGAUUAUGCCUUCUUAACCGACAAAAAGGAGGUGAUUAGUUUUUAUUAUAUAAUGCUCCUGCCUCGGUUG